ACAACAAUGGCCAAUGGUAUCAGUGUCUGUGUAAUUGGGGCUGGCACAGCUGGUCUUACAGCAUUGAAAAACUCUCUGGAACACGAUCUGAAUGUGGUGUGCUAUGAACAGGGCAAAGUUUUGGGUGGUACAUGGGUGUAUGAGGAUCUAUCGCCAAAUAUUCGUGAUGACGAUGAUGUACACAGUAGCAUGUAUCAAGGACUAAGAACAAAUCUUCCCAAAGAAGUAAUGGGCUAUUUGGAUUUCCCUUAUCCACAAUCUAUGCAAGAGUCAUUUGUAAGCUCACAAGCUGUUUUGGAGUUUCUACAUUUGUAUGCCGAUCAUUAUGAUUUGAAAAAGCAUAUUAAAUUCCAACAUGAAGUUAUAAGAGUGAAACCACGUUGCAAUAAUCAAUGGGAGGUUCACGUUUUAGAUCAUUCGACAGAUAAAUGCUUUGUAACGGUAUUCGAUAGGAUUUUCAUUUGCAAUGGCCAUUAUACGAAACCCCAAUAUCCUUGUAUUGAUGGCAUGGAUAUCUAUCAAGGCUGUAAGAUGCACAGUCAUAUUUAUAGGGAACCACAAAAGUUCAAAGGUGAAAAUGUAUUAAUUAUUGGAGCUGGGCCCUCGGGCAUGGACUUGGCUAAUCACAUUAGUAAAACUGCCAAUAGAAUAUUUCUGAGUCAUCAUUUGAAGGAAGCACCCAAUACAGAUUUCAUGGGCAAUGUAACACAGAAGCCCGAUGUUAAACGUUUCACACGAACUGGUGCCGUUUUCAAAGAUGACACCGAGGAAGAAUUCUCGUGCGUUGUUUUCUGCACGGGCUAUCAAUAUUCAUUCCCAUUCCUGAGUGUGGACUGUGGCAUUUAUGUGGCCAACAAUCAUGUCCAACCGCUGUACAAGCAUUGCAUAAAUAUUCAACAUCCCACAAUGGCAAUUAUUGGUAUACCAUAUCUGGUUCUGCCCACCCAAUGUUUUGACUUGCAGGUGCGGUUUGCCUUGAAGUUCUUUGCUAAUGAACAAGAACUGCCGUCGAAAGAGGAAAUGAUGGAAGAACUUCGUCGCGAUAUGGAAGAGAGAAAAGAAAGGGGUUUGACCGAAAGAGAUGCCCAUCAAAUGGGUGAAAAACAGUUUGAUUAUUACAAACAACUGGCGAAGAUCGCGGGCCACAAUGUUAAACCGGUCAUUGCUAAAAUAAUGAAAGACUGCGGCAAAAAAUACAUUUAUGAAUUGGACACAUAUCGUGAAUAUCAGUUUAAAAUUUUGGAUGAUGAGAAUUUCGUUAAAUUUCAUUCGAAAUGA